AUGGCUAGCACCCAGAGUACAAUAAUGGAUAUGAACAUGAUAGAUCUGUUCGAGGCCAUCGCGAGCGGGCAGCUUGGUCCGUCUGAGGUCGCACCCGACCUCCACCCACACGAGCCCCGGCAUUUAAAGGACGCCACGGAGAGCGAGCAGGCAUCUGGAACCCGAGUCAAGCGCAGAAAACGUUCGCGGUCACGUUCGCGAGAUGCAGCCGCCUCGAUUCACCCAUUGAGCGUGGUUUCAGUGUUCAGUAACCUGAUGAUUGUCGAAGACACUUUACGGAAACGAUAUGUCGACCUGGAAAAGAGUCGCCGCAACCAUGCAGGAUUUUUUUAUUUUAUGGUAGGCCUGGCGUGUCUCUUAACAUACGUGAACCUCGUAACCCCUUCACCAUACCGCUGGAUUCGGUUCCUGGAGGUUAUGCUAAACAUCACCAUUUACAUCUCGCUUGGUCUGUUCUAUCUCACGGGCCUCUACGGCAAAACAUUCGUCGUUGCCCCAAGGUUUAUUCACGACACCAACAAGGGACUGCGAGGCCUCAAUGUCCGGCUGGUAAAAGUCCCGCCCACCUGGAGAGAGCGGUUCUGGAGAAUCAUAGAUCCUGUGUACGUGGUGAGAUACGGCCGACUUGUCCAGCUUGUGCUAGUGCCACGGGCAUUUUCUGCGCACUUUGUUGAGCUGUGGGAACUGUAUCGUCGAGAGUUCUGGGAAAAAGAGCGCCGGCGCCAGCUCAAGAAGGCCAAACAAUCAGGCGCCCGCCGGAAACGCAAAAGCCCCCGGCCCAGGCUCUCUUCUUUUUCGAACCCAACAGGCGAAUUGGACGAUCUCCAUGUCCAGCAGUUAGAACUUUAA